GUGGAUUCCGUUCGGGUCGCAGCACUAUAGAUAUGGUGUUUGCGGCUCGUCAGUUGCAAGAGAAGUGCAGAGAACGACACCAGCCUUUGUACUCGCUUUUUGUUGAUUUCACCAAGGCAUUUGAUACGGUGAACCGCGAGGCACUGUGGCUGGUGUUGGGUAAGUUUGGUUGCCCGCGUAAGUUUGUAAGUUUAAUUGAAUGUCUGCACAGUGGUAUGCGAGCGAGGGUGCAGCUGAGUGGAGAGACCUCUGAUGACUUUACAGUUGUCUCUGGUGUGAAGCAAGGCUGUGUGUUAGCUCCUGCCCUGUUUAAUAUCUAUCUUCAUGCAAUGUUGUCUUGUGCUUUUGAUGCGGCUUGUGCUUACGGUGUUCGUGUGGAGCACCGUAUUGAUGGUGGGUUGCUGAACAUCCGUCGUUUCGGUGCGAGAACUCUAGUCUGUGAGACAACUAUCCGUAUGUUGCUGUUUGCUGACGACUGUGCGUUGUUUUCACACAGCGCGGAUGAGUUGCAGCACAUGACUAGUGCUCUGGCUUCGACAGCGGCCAAAUUCGGGCUCACCAUCAACACAAGCAAAACUGUCUGUCUCUUUCAGCCUUCACCGGAGGUGCAAUCUUCAAUAUUGCCGCAAAUCAGCAUUGGUGCUGAAGUAUUGGAAACCACCUCUCGCUUCUGCUACCUUGGGAGUGUGAUGUCGACUGAUCAGCAGCUACACGUUGAGUUGCGUAAUCGCGUGUCGAAGGCGGCAGCGGCAUUCGGGAAGCUUGAGUACCGAGUGUGGAACAACCAUCAGCUUAGCAUUGGCACGAAGCUGAUGGUGUACAAAUCCAUGGUACUGUCCGUUCUUCUAUACGGC